AUGCCAAACGGCUUCAUCUCGCCGGACUGGCGCUACUUCAACACUUCCCUUCCUGAUUUCAAUUGGCUCUCGGCUAUCUCCUUGGUAGAGCACGAGCAUGAUGACAGCAAUGGUCGCCCGCCCAUCGAGCUACUGCGGGCACACAUCUCGCAGCCCUUUCGCAUCCCCGUCUCUAAGGCCUGGAUAGGGCAGAUGGAGGCAGCGAUGGCAAUCAAGUCGCUCUUGAUCUUUCUGGCGUGCGCUAUCAUCUGGAGGCGAUGGAGCGAGAUGAGCUUCUGGAUAUUCCGCAAGCAGGAGAGGAGAGAUGGUGUUUUGCUCAUACCGAAUGCCGUCACUUCAUUCAUGGCUCUAGAACUUGUCUUUGGCUCUGUAUGGAUCGCUUACAUCAUCGACCAGCUUAGGGUGGUACACGGUCAGGCCUCUCCCGUCCGACUUUGCGCUUGGCUGGGCUUGACUUGGCUGCCGUUGAUCCAAGGCGCGUGGUUCGCGGGAUGGGGUACCUUCUUCGCGUCCCCUCUGCAGCCCGGAGGAAGUGCGCUAGAUACGGCUCCCCCGGAGAAUACUUCGAAGCUGUUCCCCUCCCCCUUCAGGGGACUGACUGCCCCUGCGCUUAAUGUGAUCAUGGUUGCUGUGCCAUUGCUGCAGGCAUUGCCUAUCUGCGCCUUGACUGCACUGGCAUCAAUACGAUGGAAAGUUGCCGUGGAUAAAUGGCAAGCCCUAGAUGACGAGCUAGCCUCACUGAUCGCGGCGGCUGGAUCUUCGCGAGAUCCCAGAACAUCUUUGCGAGUCACUGACCCUUUGAGGAACCAAGCGCUGGCUGUAUGGAUGUCAGCAGACUCUGCCAUAGGAUCCAUGGAGCAUGUCUUCUGGGCUUGGGUUGCUUCGGCGGUGGCCUUCACCGCUUUCUACGCUAUCACAGGAGGAACUCUUCUUCUACAACUUCGUCGCGAAGUGACGUACUUGAGGCGGGCAAUGAUCAACAGUGCCAAGUCUGCAGAACGCGAAGCCAACGUCGCCCCGGUCGCGAACGACGAAAUUGCCUUGAUCGAGACUGGAAAAGUUCCAGGCACACACAGGGCCUUUUUCUGGCCAAACAUCAAAGGACUGAAAGCGAUAGAGAAGAGGACAAACUCACAGUCGCGUAGCAGCAGCUCCCGUCGGGCCAGAUCGAGUCGCAACGCAAAGUAUGAGACGAUGAAGCGUGUCGUACUGCUGAUUGGCAUCCAGGUCGGCUGUAUCUCCGCUGCCGCCGCUGGCUUUUCCGUCAUAGCUUUGGGCAUAGCACUCGAGCUUCGCAGGUCGAUCCGACUCCACUACUUCGAUAUGGUGUACAUGAUAGCCAAUCUCGUAGCAGCAUGGACCGCUUGCAUUUUCGGGGGCGCCAUUUUCCUUGCAAUCACUGCACGUACGUUCGAAUUCUUGACCGACAUCGUCGUUGCCGCUGCUCGAGGUAGUCCUCUUGCCUAUCGCAGCCGGCGUGGUACUCAAGAGGAUACCGUGGGGAAGGGCUCGGGUCUUCAGCAGGACAGCAAACGUAGUGACCAAGCGCUGCAUGCCACAAGGAAGCGAAUGUCGGCCAGACUAGGUCUCUCGGCACCCUUCUCUGGUCGGGGAAAAUCUGCAAGACACUCCCUGAGUGUGCCAAAGGGCCAUCUGCAAAUGGAUGACUCGAUCAUCGUCGGCACCGAAGGUUCGGACGGCAAGCCCAGAGUGUCAUUCGCUGGCGAGACCGCCACAAUACCUACACCGAAGGACGCCAGACCAAGUGCACCGGUCAAGAAAGGCAAAUGGGGUCGCCGAGGUCUGCUUGGGAUGACCUCUGCUGAACGAAGCGUAUGGCAAGAUGACUCAAUCAUCCUUGACGUCCAUGAGGGCCAAAGGGGUCCGGAAGAGCUGCAUGAGGCUGGCCGAGCUGUGAUAACCCCUCGGAGUCUCGGCGACAAUCGAGGCAGAUCGGGCAGCGUUGGCAGUAACGAAACGCUUCAGUAUCGAGUCGUAGAGGAUCUGAGGCGUGGGCUUACCCCACCUCCGCGAAGGCCAAGCUCGAUCCGCCUCGACAAGCGCCAGGUAGUUGCCGACACGCCGAGACGGAUCACGCAAGCACUGGACGCCUCAUCUCCCCGACCAUACCCGUCAAACGGUCUGCGAUCCCCCGAAGCUGCCCAUAUCCGCAAGGCUGGCUCACCGGUUAGUCCCUUCGAGAUGUAUGCAUCGCUGGAGCGACUGCAGUCCCAAGUUGCGCCCACUGCGUCAUACGUGUCAGCAUCUCUGCUGGCUAGUCUUGAUGCGGUCUCCUCCCGCUUGCCUUCGGCCCAAACGCUCGAGCUUGAAGCUCGUAAAUAUCUAGCAGCCACACUCAGCUUGGCCCGGGCUGCAGGCGCUCAUUCUUCCGAUGUCUUGAGUACUGCGCGUAGAAGAGAGGCAGGAUAUGUCAAGGUCGUGGAGAAAUGGUACCCAGCCGCCGUCCAAGGCUGGACUACCUUUGAGCAUCAGGUCUUCCUUCUGAGCAAUGGGACUGUAGAGGGUGCCUUGCUCAGGGGAAUUGUUGUUGGGCUAGCGCUUUUGAUCUUCUCGCUCACCCUCUUAUCGGCGAGGAACCGAAGGUCUAUGUCUGUUGCAUACAAUGGGAAGCCUUCGGUGAUGUCUGCCCUCAGCCAGACAGAGACGUCUACGUCAGGCGAUGACUCAUCGUACACAUCGGAAGACGGCACAGACGACGAGCUUCAUGACAGACCCUUGGCUGCCCUGAGGCGCUCGACCUCUCCCCUUGGCAGGAGCAGUCAAUCUCCUGCCGGUCGGGCGUCAAGACACUUUGCAGUAGGCUCUGCUUCCAAGCGAGCCGACAAGAGGUCCAGUAUUAUCAGGAUCACAUCUUCCGAUCCCAGCUCUAGUCUAUGCCACAUGCCCGUGGAGCUUGACUUGCUAUCGCCAACGUCUUCCUCUUCCGCUCAGAGGAGCUCCUCGCCAAGUCAGGCAGCAGCACUCGCCGUCUUGAAGAGACGCAGGAAGAAAGUGGGUGUCAGGGUCAUCAAUAGCGAUUCGACACCAUUGGAAGACGAAGUCGCGGCCAUACUGGCAAAAGAUUCGGACACAGCAGAUGAGGGCGGCACCAGUCCACGAUUGUCCAGAAUCGCACUGGAACCGGACGCCCCGGCUAAUGCUCAGCGAGUCCCCUCUCCAGCGGCCGACGGUCAAGGCCAAUCGAGCCACUUGAUGGCUUCAAACACAGUCCUUCGGGCCCCGUCACCUCUGAAGAACGCGACCAAGAACCGACCACCCAUGCGAGUGAAGCGCUCCCCAUCGCCUCUACCGCCAGACGCGCCCGAGCCUAUCCCAGAACGCAACUCUUCCUAUCACAAGCUCAACGGAGUCGUUCAGGCUAUCAAGCCGCGAGUUGUAGGUGGCGAUAGAACCGAUGCUCCACCAAGCAUCUUGAGGAAGAAGAGUCAAGUCUGGACUGACCGUCUUGUCGAGGAGGAGGCAAGUGCAAAGAUGUCGAGGAACGGCAGUCGCAGUACUGCCAAGCAAGACGUCAACGAACUCGCAGCAACAGGACAGACAUCUCCGAUGUCUACCACUCGGGCGGCACAACGUGCUCCGACUGGCUCAAACAUAGAAGCAUGGAGAUCGUCGACUCUCGUCGUGGGCUCUCAGCCUCUUCAAUUAUCUGACCAAAAGCUCAAGACUUUGAGAGCAAUCAAGUUGACAGAACCUGACUGGGCACCCUAUGUGACCAUUCACGAGAGGGCCCGGGAAAGAGUAGAGAAGAAACGCGAAAAGGACGCAGCCAAGAAGAGAUUGCUGACCACUAGUGCCGGUAGCACGAGAAAGGCGACCUUGACUAGCCCCACUGGGAGCGUCAAGAGGAGGGAGUCUAUCAGGAGGCGGCGAGAAGAGCUUCGCCUUCGCGCAAUGGGCGAGGAAGAAGGAGACGGCACCGGCGAUGGUGGCGAGCUGGGCUACUCUUCUUACUUCUCGCCUAGUCCUAAAGAUGAGCAUGGCUACGAAGUGAGCGCAAGCGGCUCUCGUGGGGCAGACACUCCCCGAGGUUCCGGAUCAGGAUCGACGACGCCGCGACGACGCAGCUCUAAUGGUAACCAGCACCAAUCGGGUCGACUCGGCAAGUCAGUGCUGUCCCCUUCUCCCUCAUCUCAAGGGGUGAAUCGCAGCGAUGAGCCUGGCGAGGCGGGAGACGCCCCUGCCGAUGCCGAUGCCGAGUCGGACUUCUGGUUCGAGCGGUACAUCCCUUCUACUGCGGCUGCAGGAAGAGACUGGGACUGGCGGAAGCGUCGUGCGCGACUGCGUGCGGAGGCGGAAACGGUGCAGAAUAGCAGCUUUGUAGAGAGCUUGCGUGCGAAAGUGGACGAGGACGGAGACGAGAGCUACACUAUGGACUUUGAUGGGCAAGGCGUGUCCGGAGGUGAAGCCAAUGGUAACGGCCAUGCUGCUACAGAUAGCAGUGGUACUGCAGCAGUCCCAGCGACAGCAGAUAGUGGUGCACAGUACGUCAUCAACGGGCACGUCUUCUCGCACGGUCUUGUGGGGGCUUCUUUGGGAUACACGCCUGCUGGAGGGGCUCGUUCUUCACCCUCGAGGAACAGCCCCGUGGGCGGAUCAAGGGAGAGACGCAGGUAG